GAGGAAUUGCAAUUUUUGCAAGCUACGUUCUCCUGUUAGUUGAGGAAUGGCAAACGAAAUGCAUGGUGAGCCACACGGAUCAUGACCAAUCAUGCUGUCUGCCGUCCUUAUGAUGAACCUGCUUGCAUUGCAUGAUAAAUUUUCUGAUCGAUACUUGCUACUACUUCCCUAUCGAGCUCAAGUUUCCCUGUAGAGCUAAACUUUAGAGCCGAAGAGAUUACGGCACUGAUUUUGUCAGCGUUAUAGCCACCGUAGAGAAUGAUGCCUUGCAUUUCAGCCUUUAGCUCUGCAUUUUUAGACCCUCUAAUUGUGAAGUUCAUUAGUGGGUUUUGAAGCAGAAAUAUGCAGAAAAGGGCCCAAUUACACGUUCAUCAAACGCACUUUGGAUCCCCAAAAAGAACCUAAAACCAAAACUCCUGCUUCAAAAGGGUGCUCUAAAAAACAGAAGAAGAAGAAAAAAGGCACGUAACAUAGUGCAAGCCUUGGUACCUUACUGAAGGACUGGGACAAAACCUCUCGUUGUUAAUGAUCAGAUGGAGAAUGAAUCUUUGCUGUUUUCACUUCCAGAAACCUCGUCACCACCAGCGUUGGUACCUAUCUUUGAAACCCUUCACUUUCCAAAACCCAUUUCUCUAUUUCACUAAAUUUAUCAAUACCUCUAUUGAGUUUAGCCAAAACCCAAAACCCACUACUACUGCCUCAAACUUGACAACUCAAAAGACCAAUUUUUACUCUACACCCACCAUAAUAUCAUGCUCUAAGCUCCUUUCUAAAUGCACUGCCUCGAAAUCCUUAACUCCAGGCAUGGAAAUUCAUGCCCGUGUAAUCAAAUUUGGUUUAUCUCAGGACCCAAAAAUAAGGAACUAUUUGGUUAACCUCUACUCAAAAUGUCAACUUUUUGGGUAUGCAAGGAAACUGCUUGAUAGGAGUACUGAACCAGACUUGGUUUCUUGGUCUGCUUUGAUUUCUGGAUAUUCAAAGAAUGGGUUUUGUCAAGAAGCAUUUUUGGCCUUUUAUGAGAUGCAUUUGUUAGGUAUUAAGUGUAAUGAGUUUGCUUUUCCAAGUGUACUCAAGGCUUGUACGGUCACUAAGGAUUUAGUGUUAGGAAAGCAAGUUCAUGGGAUUGUGGUGGUUACAGGGUUUGAUAGUGAUGAGUUUGUUGCAAAUAGUUUGGUUAUCUUGUAUGCCAAAUGCGGAGGAUUCAGGGAUGCAAGGAGGCUUUUUGACGCGAUUCCUGAUCGAAGUGUUGUUUCAUGGAACGCCCUGUUUUCUUGUUAUGUCCACAGUGAUAUGCAUGGAGAAGCAGUUGGUUUGUUUCAUGAUAUGGUUUUGAGUGGAAUAAGGCCUAAUGAGUUUAGUUUAUCUAGUAUGAUAAAUGUGUGCACAGGUUUAGAGGAUAUUGUUCAGGGAAGAAAAGUUCAUGGGUAUUUGAUAAAGCUUGGCUAUGAUUCUGAUCCGUUCUCAGCGAAUGCUCUUGUUGACAUGUAUGCAAAAGUGGGGAUUCUUGAAGAUGCUAGCAGUGUUCUUGAUGACAUUGCAAAACCUGAUAUUGUUUCUUGGAACGCUAUUAUUGCUGGUUGUGUUCUUCAUGAGUACCACCAUCGGGCUUUAGAAUUGUUAAGGGAAAUGAAUAAGUCUGGGAUGUGUCCAAAUAUGUUUACCUUAUCAAGUGCUCUAAAAGCUUGUGCUGGAAUGGCCCUAAGAGAAUUGGGAAGACAGUUGCACUCUAGCUUGAUAAAGAUGGAUAUGGGAUCGGAUUCUUUUCUGGGUGUUGGACUAAUAGAUAUGUAUUCCAAGUGCAACUCAAUGGAUGAUGCAAGGUUGGUUUUCAAGUUAAUGCCAGAGAGAGACAUGAUUGCAUGGAAUGCUGUUAUCUCAGGACAUUCACAAAAUGAGGAAGAUGAAGAAGCUGCAUCUCUUUUUCCUUUGAUGCACACGGAGGGAAUAGGAUUCAACCAGACAACUUUAUCAACAGUUCUUAAAUCUAUAGCGGCCUUGCAGGCUACCUAUAUGUGCAGGCAAAUUCAUGCACUUUCCUUGAAAUCAGGGUUUGAAUUUGACAGUUAUGUUGUGAAUAGCCUUAUCGAUACAUAUGGAAAAUGUGGCCACGUAGAAGAUGCAACAAGAGUAUUCAAAGAAAGCCCAAUUGUAGAUUUGGUGUUAUUCACCUCUCUUGUAACAGCUUAUGCUCGAGACGGACAGGGUGAAGAGGCUUUAAGGCUCUAUUUGGAAUUGCAAGAUAGGGGAAUCAAGCCCGAUUCAUUUGUUUGUAGUUCUCUCCUGAAUGCAUGUGCAAGUUUAUCAGCAUAUGAACAAGGGAAACAAGUUCAUGUUCACAUCUUGAAGUUUGGAUUCAUGUCAGACAUUUUUGCUGGAAAUUCUCUUGUUAACAUGUAUGCCAAAUGUGGAAGUAUAGAUGACGCAAGUUGUGCGUUCUCUAGAAUACCUGUGAGAGGGAUAGUCUCAUGGUCUGCUAUGAUUGGAGGACUUGCUCAACAUGGGUAUGGGAAAGAGGCCCUCCAGCUGUUCAAGCAGAUGCUUAAAGACGGCGUUCCUCCUAAUCAUAUAACACUAGUUAGCGUUCUUUGUGCAUGCAAUCAUGCAGGUUUGGUUGCCGAAGCCAAACAUUAUUUCAAUUCAAUGAAAAUUUUGUUUGGUAUUGAACCAAUGCAAGAGCAUUAUGCUUGCAUGAUCGAUCUCCUUGGCCGGGCAGGGAAAUUAGAGGCGGCAAUGGAACUUGUAAAUAAAAUGCCAUUUCAAGCGAAUGCCAUGGUGUGGGGUGCGCUUCUUGGUGCUGCAAGAAUCCAUAAGAAUAUUGAUCUUGGAGAAAAAGCUGCUGAGAUGCUUCUUGCCUUGGAACCUGAGAAGUCAGGCACCCAUGUUCUUCUUGCAAACAUUUACGCAUCAGUUGGCAUGUGGGAUAAAGUAGCACGGGUAAGAAGACUUAUGAAAGACGGCAAGGUGAAGAAGGAGCCUGGAAUGAGUUGGCUUGAGGUGAAAGACAAGGUAUACACCUUCAUAGUAGGAGACAGAAGCCAUUCCAGAAGUACAGAAAUAUAUGCAAAGCUUGAUGAACUGAGUGACCUAUUGAAGAAAGCUGGAUAUGUUCCUAUGGUUGAGAUUGACCUCCAUGAUGUAGAACGAAGUGAAAAGGAGCAGCUUCUAUACCACCACAGCGAGAAACUAGCAGUGGCUUUUGGUUUAAUUGCUACCCCACCAGGUGCUCCAAUUAGAGUGAAAAAGAAUCUUCGAAUUUGUUUUGACUGCCAUACUGUGCUCAAGUUCAUUUCUAAAAUAGUCUCCAGGGAGAUAAUUGUGAGAGAUACCAACAGAUUCCACCAUUUUAGAGAUGGUUCGUGUUCUUGCGGGGAUUAUUGGUAACAUUCAAGGAUUAGUGUUGUCAUUCGUUGUACUAACUGUAUACAAACUCCUAUAACAUUUUGCACAUUCUUUUUCAAGUAAGGGCAUGUUAAGAUUUGUUGUAAACCCUCAUUUUUUAUCAUCAUCUUUUUAUUUGACUAAUCGAAACAUUAAUGUUAUUCAAAUGCAACCAUAAAUAAAAUUUCAUAGUU